UAUCAAUAUACAGCAAGUGAAUAUCAAGCUAUCCAGCAUGCUCUUCGUCAGAGACUGGGCCCAGAAUAUAUCAGCAGUCGGCAAGCUGGAGGAGGACAAAAGGUCUGUUACAUUGAGGGUCACAAGGUAAUCAGUCUGGCCAAUGAGAUGUUUGGCUUCAACGGCUGGGCUCAUUCAGUCACUCAGCAGAAUGUUGACUUUGUUGACCUCAACAACGGCAAGUUCUAUGUGGGGGUCUGUGCAUUUGUGAAAGUUCAGCUUAAGGAUGGGUCAUACCAUGAAGAUGUGGGGUAUGGAGUCAGUGAAGGCCUAAAAUCUAAGGCUUUGUCCCUAGAAAAGGCAAGAAAGGAAGCAGUAACAGAUGGACUGAAGAGGGCACUCAAGUGCUUUGGGAAUGCUCUUGGAAACUGCAUCCUAGACAAAGACUACCUACGAGCCGUGAAUAAGCUUCCACGUCAGAUACCCACUGAGUUAGAUUUGAUCAAAGCUAAAAGAGAGGACUAUGAGCCUGAAAUAGAGAAAGCAAGAUACAAUGGCUGUUUGGAAAGGCAGAAUGCAGGAGGGGGACAACAUUGUGAGAUGGCAUCUACUUGUAAGCCCGGUCAGACAGAAGCUGCUGUAGUGAUGGUAGAUCAGAAACAGCCAAAUAAUUCCAGAAAUACAGACUCCUUAGCUAGUGAGCGUGAUGCCACUUACCAGCGGAAAUUGCGACAAAAGCAGCUACAGCAACAGUUCCGGGAACAGAUGAAGAUAAAGCAUCAGGUUCCGGUAGUUACUCCUAGCAGCAAACAGGCAAUAUCCGAUCCGCCUGUAAAGCACAGCACUCCAGCGGCAGUACAACAGGAACUAGAAAUAGAAGAGGAGUUCUUUGCAGAUGAUCCUGAACUUUGGGACAUUUCCUUGGAGACCAUUGAUCUUAAGAUAAUGGGUCACAAAAUGGCAGAUCCAUCAGCUGGACACCGGACACCUGAAACACCCCGUGGAUGUCAUCAGAUGGCUACUCGUAACCGGACACCUCACAGAAUCAAUUACCACAAAGCUUCUGCUAGACUUGCACAAUUGCAGCCAUCUGCUACAAUCAUGAGCAACAGCAGCUGUGCCAACCAGCAUAUCCCAGAGUGCAGCCCCCACAGGAGAAGUCAAAGCUUGAAGAAAAGGAGACUAGAACCUACAUAGGACACCUGGUGGUAUCAUUACCUCCAUACUGGAUUACAUGAGAAGGCUGCAGUUGGCUGUUCAAAUUAUGUGAGGAAGUCUAAUGCACUAAUGGAUUUUCCUGUAUAUUAUGGUGAAGAAACACAGAAGAGUUUAAUACAGCCAGCAAGAACUUAAUGUACUUUUAGGUUAUGAACAUGUUUUAGAUGCCUUUUUCUAUAAACAAGCAAUCAUUUGUGCUUCUGCAGCACUAGACUUGUGGCUGUAUUACAAGCUGACAUUACGUGUAAUUUGCGUGAAAUGAUAACAGAAUUAAUCUUUAAAAUGAGAUGCAGUUCAUAGCAUCUUUCUCCUUCAGUGUUGCAUUUCAGCACAGAGAAAAGAGAUUUUCAGUAAAAUGGGGAGAGGGUGGGUUAUGGCCAGAUGACAAAGCCUACAA